AUGGGUAAAGGAAAGCCGAGAGGUCUUUUGGCCGCUCGCAAGCUCAAGAACCAUCGCCGUGAGCAGCAAUGGGCAGAUCUGCAUUACAAGAAGAGGCUGCUCGGUACCGCCUUCAAGUCAUCACCCUUCGGAGGCUCAUCACACGCCAAGGGCAUUGUGCUCGAAAAGGUCGGUGUUGAGGCCAAGCAGCCCAACUCCGCCAUUCGCAAGUGUGUGCGUGUACAGCUCAUCAAGAACGGCAAGAAGGUCACCGCUUUCGUGCCCAAUGACGGUUGCUUGAACUUUGUGGACGAGAACGACGAGGUGCUGCUUGCGGGUUUCGGUCGCAAGGGUAAGGCCAAGGGUGAUAUUCCUGGUGUGCGGUUCAAGGUGGUCAAGGUUUCCGGCGUCGGUCUAGGUGCGCUGUGGAAAGAGAAGAAGGAGAAGCCACGUUCGUAA